AUGGACUGUACCUUUGAUAUAUUGCAUGGACCUUUGGACCUUUGGACCCUUUCCAAGGUCCUGGCCCCAUGGGUGCACAUUGGUCCCGUGGUGGGUUCCAAGAGUUUGGAGUGUUCCGCAGUCUACAGAAUCGUCCAGCGGAUCCAUGAGAGAGGCGAGACAUUGUUGACUGCGACUGUACUCUCGCUCGUUCAGUUCUGGCAGAACAUUCCCCCUCAUCUUGAAUGGAUGGCAUCACUGUUCCGGUCGCACGUUCCCCGCCAGAUACUUGCCAAUCCGUCCGCCAUUUGUGCACCCCGACUCUCAGCGGCCGGGACGCACGAUCUCCCUCGCGCACAUUCUUUCCCUCGCCUUUUCUUUUCGUUCUGCCUCGAGAUCUUGUUGGGCUUCGGACCGCCGUUGCGGUGUUUGGAGCUUCGCUCGGCAAAAGUCCUUUUCAGUGGAAGAAUACAGAGCCUGGGUGAUGGAGGAGUUUUCUACGAGGAAGAUGAUCGAUGCCGUUUCCUUGGAAUUUGGGAACUUUGGCCCAUGAUGAUACCCUACGUAAGAAGGUUUGCUUUGUUUCACCAACUGCGAGGGAAAAAACAGAAACACUUCGAAGUCGUGGUCAACAUCGUCCUGCCUCACACAAAACAGCAAGAAUGUGGUUUGCUCUCUAAGUUCCGAAGGCUUCGGACCUUGGGACUAAUUUGGUGAUCCGCCCGACUCCGCUGACAGGGACAUUUUCAAGUUUGAUUUCGCGAAGCUUCUGCAGUUGUAAGGUAGCACACUGAGUUCUUCGAGUGAAAGACGAACCGUAAAAAAUAGCAUUGUUUACACUUUACAUUCUCUCGCCAUGAGAAAGUGAGAACGAUACAUUCGCGAGUGAUUGAUUGCGAAGAACGGCGACCAUCAUGUGUAGAGAUGCACAAGCAUGUAUAAGCACUGGACGAGAUAUGAAAUUGCCACCUAACAUGACAUGCAUUGUCUCCGUUACCAACCCAAUCAUUGGUUCCCACAUCACACUGGUGCAAUCGAGACGCUCGUUCCUGUGAAUCUUAAAAGUCAAGAGAUAUAGUCUUUUUACUUCAGGUGGGUGCACUUGCAGAUUUCAUGCUUACAUUGAAGACAAUAUAGAACUAAAACUUCAAUUCUAAUGGAUUUAAUGAAAGUGUAAGAACUCUGCGCCAGUAAUAAUAUUGAACCAACAAAACCUUGGUGAGAAAAGAAGCAGGUAGAGAAGUUUUCGUUCAUCCGCAAAUGCCAGGGGAAUGAUUUGUAGACAGUCCUUCACGGUGAAAAUAAAAUCUGCUUUCUAUUCAUGCUCAUCGCGAUGAAAACUGAUGACCGGGUUUGUUAUCCACUUUUAUAUGAUUAACGCCCUUAUGCUAGACUACUUGGUUCCACGUUUUGUAUGAUGAACAGACAUUUUCCCCACAGGAAGAAGAUCGGUUACACUUCAACCUAUGCUAUAGGAUAAUUUUCCAGGGAGAUACGCAAUGUGCUCGAGUCUUAUGC